ACCAUAAAAGUUCCUCCUAGUUUAGUGUAAAUAUCUAUUUUUAACGUGUGCAGUUAUCUAUAAAGAAAACUAGCGACUAGCGUGCAUGUAUGUUUAUUACAAAAGCCAAACAAUCAAGAAGUUCCUGCACGUAACAAAGAGAAUAUAUUUUCUUAAUCAUUGUUUUUGUUGAAUCAUGAAGUUUACCACAUUGAUCAUGGUUUCUUUUCUUCUCGUGUUCUUCAUUCUCAACGAUGUGAAUGAGGUGAAUGCGAAGGUGUGCAUAAAAUCAAAAAACUACGAUGAGAACUGUGGCUGGGAUGGAAACAAGACUUGCAUAAGACGAUUUAAGAAAAUUAACAAGCACCCUACUUCUUGCGAGUGUACCCAUGAAAACCCUAACGUGAACAGCAAAAGUAUCUGCAAAUGUAAAUUUCCAAAGUCUCCCUGCUAAGAUUCCAUGUAGUUUUAUAAACCAGUAUCUCCUUGUUACUAUACGUACGAGAAAUGAAUAGACGUAAAAAGUCGUUGUAUUAACAUGGCAGAUAAAGUUAGCAGUACUCGUUUAACGUAUUUUAAAAUAUAUUUUUGUUACUCUUAUCUCCAUGUAAAAUCAGUAGAGGGUGGGUGGUUGGGAUGUAACCAAGUGAAUUUAGCUUUAGUUUCUAUAUAUAAUCAUAAAAUUUACUUAUCAUGUUUUAUGUAGUUUUUAAAGGUAAAGCCAAAGUAUUAAGAAACAACUAGAUUUUGACCCGCGCUUUGAAAGCGCGGGUUUUUCUUUGGAUUAUAUACAAAAUUUGUGAAUUAAUAUUUUGAAAAUGUUGUAAAUUAUUAUGUUACAAAAUUAUAUGAUGUCAAAAAAAUAAUUUAUUUAAAUUAUAUAAUUCAUGAAUUAAUUUAUUUAAGAUUUUGUUGUUCAAAUAUAUGUACACUAUUAUAUAACUCUCUCUUAGGUAUGAACAUUUUACCAAACCUGUAAGUUGUUAAAAUGCUUUGAUGAAAACACUAAUUUGUUAUAUUUUUGUGAUGAAAACACUGACUCAUUUAAAUAAUAGAUAUCUAAUAUAUGGUUCAUUAAAGUCUUGUUAUAUGAGGUAUAAUGUUGGUUUAUAAUAAUUUCAUACCAUCAUUCGAUACAAACAUAUUAUAUAAACAUUACUAAUAGAACAAUGGUUCAUACAAAACCUACGUACAUAUUUAAAAGACUAUAGGUCGACAGUUUAGAUUAUAAUAUUUAAAGUCAAUAAACAGUAAUAUGUUUUAUUUAAAUGUAGGAGAUUUUUAUUUGGUUGAUAUAAAAUAGGUUGGUUAUAAGAUUUAGUUAUAUAUAAUAGGUUGGACUAAAAAAUGAAAGAGUCCAAACAACCUUUAUAAGUAGAUUUAUUAAGACUGAUUCUCUUUUAAUAGAAUAGAUUGUAUUUCUUUUCCAAAGAAAAAAAUAUUAUUGUAAGAAUCUCUUUUCCUUUUUACAAUUUUAUCAUUUAAUUUAUACAGAUACAUUAGUUACACUUACAUUAAAAAAUUCUAUAAGCUAAGUUAUACAUUAGAGUAUUCUUGUAGAGCCAUAGUUCUUAUAAAGACUUUUUGGUUAAUUCUACACCUUUAGAUAGUUUAUGUGGUUUAUACUAAAUUUUUAAACAACUGUAAUAUUUUUUAAUACUUUCCGAUUAAUUAUGUUUAAUUAAUUUUUAUUUUCGGAUACUACUUUGAAUUUUGGUUUGAAUUGAAUAAUAUCCGAUAUUCAAAAUUACCUACUCUCAAUCCACAUUUGGAUUCUGGUUUAAUAACAGACUAACUAUAACUUUAAGAUUUUAAAAAUCGUGGCCCAUGCCUCACGUUGUUUAAGGGGUAUGGACAUAUUAGAAAACCACAGCGUACGAGCUCAACGCUCUAUUUCAAGAAUGGAGACAGCUCUGUGUCAAGAAUAUAUAUGGAGAUUCAGUUUGUAUGUGCUGUGCUUGAGACACAAGUUGAAAUGGGAAGCUGCUGAAAGGUGAAGAAAAUUUUGUUAUUACCUCUUUGUAUCACUCCAGAGUUGUAUAUUGUAAGUACAAAACUGAAACUCUUGUGAUUGAGUUUCAAGGGAUGGAAAUUAGAAGAGAAACUAGAGUGUCGUAAGCCACCGCUUCAAUCGCAGUGAGGCAACCUCCCGUGCUUGCAUUUACUGACUUAUUUAAGCAUGCCUGUUCUAUGAAUCCAUAUUAAUAAGUUUCGUCUCAAACAUCAUUAUCAUGUGAUCUCUAAGCUUUGCUUAGUGUACUUUUUCCAGUUGAGCUACGACACUUGGUCA